AGGUUUUGGUGCAGCGCGCGGGUCCUGGACUGUGGCUCACAUAAUGAAUCGGGUGAAACGUGGUUAUUUCUCAAUGAAGACAGAGAAAAUAUGGAUAUGUGUGUUUUUUUCUUUUCUUUUUUUCCCCUUUUUGAACGAUGUUACGGCGGAGAGCGACCCGCGGAGGCGUUAUGAGCGCGAGAGUGGAAAACAAAAACACUUCCGGUCUUGGAUUUUAAAACCGACGAAAGGAAACAGCUGCUCUGCAGAUCAUUUAGAGAAGUGAGAAGUUCCCAAUCUCUCAGUGAAGAAGGAAGAGAGGCAACGUCAAACCAUCAGAGCCUCAAACAUGAAAGUUCAUCACACUCUGAUCUUCUUCUUCCUCACACUGCAGGAAGGUACGACUGGGCUCGUCUACGCAGACAUUGGUGCUCGCACAGAAACUGAAGGAGGAAACAUCACAGUUGGAUGCUCAUUUACCUUCUCUGGACAGAGGAUAAUGUUCUAUUCACGCGACACUUUUGAGCUCAGAGUCACAGACGCUUUGAACACUUCAAAACCAGACUUGACAACAUGGCUCCCAUCAUCCUCCACAGCAAGAACGACGACCACACCCACAACACAGAGUGUAAGAAGCUCCAGUGUAAAAAGCUCCACACCUUCAUCAGCCUCCCCUUCAUCCACCAAACAGUCUGAGCCGUCAUCUGCAGAUUCACAACCACUGCUGAUCAUGAGCCUGAUCCUGGUUCUCCUGAUCAUCACAUUAUCAGUGGCUGUGCUGAUAUUCUGCCGGAGGAGAGAUGGUCAGCCCAAAGAACGCCACGAGAAAACUGUGUACGCUAAUGUCACAGAGGUCAGCCGAGUGUAUGAGGAGAUCAGAGAGGAGGACAGACAGCACAGAUCUCCUGUGGAAGUGUCUACAGUUUACGCUCAGGCCAAAUACAGCAAAUCAAACAGAGCCGAAACAGAUGAAUACAGCUCGGUCACAAAACCCUGUGCUGAGAACAAAACUGAAGAAGACUCCGGUGAACUCAACUACUCCGAGGUGAAUUUUUCCGACCGUGCAGCCUCCUCGCUCAGCAGCGCCCCCUCUGGUAAGACUGAAACCGUGAUCUACUCUGCGCCUCAGGAAGCAGUGGGCUCUGCCAACCACAGCAGUGACGGAUCAUCUCCUCUGUACUCUACUGUCGCUUCACAUUGACAGCAGCUUCAGUUUACAGCUGCUUUCUCUACGGCGCCUUUCAGUUGAACUUACCAUAAAUAUUUUAGUUAGUGUUAAAGUCAGUUUUUGGUUGAGGUUAAGGUAACCUAUCUUUGUUACAGUUCCUGUAAAGCCAGUAAUAAUCCAGGGUUCACGCUGCCUCCAGUCAUCCAGGUGCAGCUGCCCGCGGCUGUGUAAUUCGCUCUUUGCACAAUAUGGCGACCGCUGACGUUAGAACUUGAGCGUGUGGGCCAGUACUUCCGGUCAAAACUCCAGAGUGCCGUGUUUUUUUGUUCUGUUCGUAUGCGCCUCAACUGAAAAGCGUCAAACAUUUAAAAAAACGGAUAAUUCUGAAACAUCUACAGGACAACUGACCGAAAUGUUAGCUACAUAGCUAGUGCUAUGUAAAUAAAAUAAAAUAAAAUAAAAUAAUCUCUCUGUUAAUGUAACUCGAUCGCUGUGGUCUCUCGCUGUCUUCCGCUGUCGCAGUUAGAUCACCGGAAGUUUUGACUGGAAGUACUGGCCCACACGCUCAAGUUCUAACGUCAGCAGUUGCCAUAUUGUGCAAGGAGCAAGUUGUAAAGACUCGCUGAGAGCAGCAGGAAAAGGAGUGAAGUUCAGUCUUGUUUGUUUAGAGCCUGGAGUCUCUGAUUAGUGAAGUGUGGUCUUUAUCAAGUGUAGAUAAGUGUCAGUGAAGGACACGUCCAUCAUUGUAUUUUCCUCAGUCCCUCUUUUGUGUCUCCUGCCUUAAAGAUCACAUAUAUAAACCAAAACAAAGUGGUGCUGUGAAAAAAAAAAAUAGUAAUAAGAAAAAUGAAAGAAGAUUAUUCACUGUCAGGUCUGAAAGUUGUCCACAUGGGUUGUUUUCAGGGAAGUGAAGUGUUUUAUAUUAUUAUUAUUAUUAUUUAAGUGAAGGCAAGUUAUUUCUUCUGUUAUCUCUGCUGUUAAAUGAACAAUAAACCAUUUCUGUUAUGUCUAAUUGCUCAUUAAUUGUUCUUGGUUACAAAAAAUAUAUAUACGUAUGUAAGUAGGAGACCAAGAAAUGGUUGUCCAUUGACACAGUUUAAAAUGCUGUUUAAAACAGUGAAGAUGAGACAUUUCUACGAUCUGUAUUUUGUUAUUUGCAGUUUGAAAAUGUAUUUAUGGUUAAUAGGUCUGUAAUGAGCCACACUCAAGUCUGAAGCGAAUGAAAUGAAAUUUGUUAAAAUAAUGAAUUCAACAGAAGCAGUAAAUUCCACAUCUUUAAAGAAAAUAAAAUUUGACAUGAAUCGAA